CAUUCCCCUGAAAUUCCACCAUAUUUAAUCCCCCCUCCCUCUCUCUCUCUCUCUCUCUCUCUCUCAUCUUCCUUAUUAUCAUCACCAUCAACCAUGCUGAAAUCGACUUUUACUCCAAUUUUACACACCAUUCCCGCCCAAUCCAGACCUUCGAAGCUAUCUAGCGCAAUCUCCAAUGCACUAGCCCAAACCCCACCAACUGUUCGACAAAAUGCCUCACCCACCACCACCACCACCGCAAACCCAACCCACAAACACCCUCCAACCUCAGCUUACCUCCACCUCCCUUUCUGCCGAAAACGCUGCCACUACUGCGACUUCCCCAUCGUCGCUCUCGGCUCCUCUCCAACCGAUACCGAUGACAAAGACGACCCCCGAAUCCUCAACUAUAUCCAACUCCUAUGCAGAGAAAUCCAAGCCACACAAUCAGAAUCCAACAACCCACCUCUUCAAACGGUCUUUUUUGGAGGGGGUACGCCUUCGCUGGUCCCUCCAAGGCUUGUUUCAUCGGUCCUUGGCACAUUGGGUUCAAAAUUUGGGUUGCGUUCGGAUGCUGAGAUAUCCAUGGAAAUGGACCCUGGGACAUUUGAUGCAAAGAAAAUGAAGGAGUUGAUGGAGUUGGGUGUGAAUAGGGUGUCUUUGGGAGUUCAGGCGUUUCAAGAUGAGUUGCUCAAGGCUUGUGGGAGAGCUCAUUGCGUAAAGGAGGUUCAUGAGGCAAUUGAGAUUGUUGGGUCAUGUGGGGUUGAGAAUUGGAGUAUGGACCUCAUAUCCUCUCUGCCUCACCAAACAUCAGAGAUGUGGGAGGAGAGUUUGAUGCUCGCGAUCGAAGCUCGGCCUGCUCAUGUGUCUGUCUAUGAUUUGCAAGUGGAACAGGGCACCAAAUUUGGAAUCCUGUACACACCAGGAGAGUUCCCUCUGCCUUCUGAUAACCAAUCAGCAGACUUCUAUAAACUGGCUUCCAGUAUGCUCUCAAAUGCAGGUUACAACCACUACGAAAUCAGCAGUUACUCCAAGAGUAGUUUCGAGUGCAAGCACAACCUCACCUACUGGCAGAGCAAACCUUUCUAUGGAUUUGGCCUUGGCUCAGCCAGUUUCCUUGAUGGUGUAAGAUUUUCAAGGCCAAAGAAAAUGAAAGAGUACGUGGGUUAUGUGCAAAAUUUGGAGGAUGGGAUUGUGGAUUACCGAGAGGCUAGUUGUUCUGAUGCCAAGGACAUGGCCAUGGAAUCUGUGAUGCUAUCUUUUAGAACUGCCAGAGGUUUGGACUUGAAAUCAUUCAAAGAGACAUUUGGUAGCUCUCUUGUUCAUUCUCUUUGCAAGGCCUAUAGUCCCUAUGUGGAAAGUGGGCAUGUGGUUUGUUUGGAUAGGCAUAGAAGGGCUGUGACGAAGGAACAGUUCUGCUCCUUGGUAUCUGACGGGCAUGAGCUAGAAGAUACAGUGGCCUUUAUUAGGCUAAGUGAUCCAGAUGGUUUCCUUCUAUCUAAUGAGUUGAUAACCCUUGCAUUCAGAGUCAUAGCUCCUUGAACCAAAAAUGUAGGUAUUUGUCCAAAUUUGAAGCUUUAUGGAAGCGAUUAGAAGUUUUUGAGCCAUGUCUGAGGUAUUACACCAAUGUGAUAAAAAUUUAGUGUCCCAACAGCAAGAAGAUGGGGAAUAUGAAGAUCAUCAUCACACAAGUGAUGGAAGAACAAUAGCGACAACAAAAGACACUGCAAUGCUAACAGCGUUGUUUUAGUUGUGAAGUAACAAUCUUGAAGUGUGAUUAUUCUUGACAUUGGAUGAGACUUUUCUUCAUAAGAUUGUAACAUGAAAAAUGAAAAUGUUUUGGUUUGCCUAACAUUGAAAUUUAGGCAAUAAUGCA